AGUUUGUGCUGUGAAGCUUGCAAGAAAGUAAUUUUUCAUGUUCCUUCUGAACUAGAGGCUGACACCUUAGUUGGCAGAGUUGAUUUGAAAGAAUGCCUUGAGUCUGCAGAGUUUAUCAGUUCCAGUGAUGGGAACUUCAAAAUUCUAGAGGAUGGUUCUGUGUACACAACAUCUGCUGUUUCUUUGUCUGCUGAGAAAAAUACUUUUACCAUAUUACUUAAAGACAGUCAAGAAUAUGUACAAAAGAAAAUACAUGUUAGCUUGAUGGAAAAAGAGAGAAAGACUCGGACACAGAAGACCAGGCAUGCUAGAGAUACAGUUCUCAAGAGAACCAAAAGAAGGUGGGGCCCUAUUCCCUCCGUUAUGAUAGAGAACUCACUGGGACCUUUUCCACUACAAAUACAGCAGGUUCAGUCAGACACAGCUCAGAACUACACUAUUUAUUAUUCCGCAAGUGGACCAGGAAUUGAUCAAGAUCCAAAGGGUUUGUUUUACAUAGAAAGAGAAACUGGAAAUAUCUUCGCUACUCGUGCAGUAGACCGUGAACAGUACCCAAGCUUUCAGAUAAUUUGCUUUGCAACCACUCCCGAUGGUUAUUCACCAGAGGUACCACUUGUGCAUACAAUCAGGAUAGAGGAUGAUAAUGAUAAUGCUCCGUAUUUUACACAGGACCUUUUUGAGUUUUCUGUCCCUGAAAACUCCAAACCUGGUGUAGUUGUUGGAAAAUUGACUGCAGAGGACAGAGAUGAGCCUUACACUCUGCAUACUACAUUGAAGUACCGCAUUGUGUCACAGAAUCCACCAGUAACCCCAGCAUUUUCUUUACACGGUGACACAGGUGUCAUUGCUGUCUUGUUACCGCAGCUGGACAGAGAGCUGGUACCGAGUUACACUUUGUUAGUUGAAGUGAGAGAUAUGGCAGGUCAGCCAUUUGGUUUGUGCAGUACGGGAACAGCUGUCAUUAGAAUUCAAGAUACAAAUGACAAUGCACCAUCCUUCAAACAGACACAAUAUGAAGCGCGAGUUGAGGAAAACAGAGUGAAUGUAGAAAUACUCAGAGUCUCUGUUGUUGAUCUUGAUGAACCUGGUUCACCUGGCUCAGGAGCAGUGUAUGAAAUUAUAAGAGGAAAUGACGAUCGGGCCUUUGAAAUUACAACAGAUAAAAACACAAAUGAAGGAAUACUGUGUGUUGUUAAGGGACUGGACUAUGAAAGUGCCAAGCAAAGGGUCCUUGUGAUUGCAGUCAACAACGAAGCACCCUACAUGCUGGCACCACAUUCCCAACAACUUUCCCAGAGCACCAGCUCUGUUACAGUGCAUGUCAUGGAUGUGGACGAGGGGCCAGUGUUUAAACCCUGUCUCUUACGCCUAGACGUUAAAGAAUGUGAGGAUAUUGGGAAGAGUAUUGGGAGAUACGUAGCAGAAGAUCCGGAAACUGGGAAUAGUGAAGGCAUAUGCUACCGGAUACCACCUGGCCAAUGUAAUUGGAUCAAUAUAGAUGAAAAAUCAGGUGAAGUCAGAACUGCUAAAGUCUUGGACCGAGAUAUAGGAGAAAUGAGACGAGGUCAAUGCAACAUCACAGUCCUUGCCAUAGACAGAAAUGGCAAAACAGGCACUGGAACAAUUCAGGUUUUCAUCCAUCCUGGGAACAAGAAUUACCCACGAAUCACUACAACUGAAUAUAUAAUGUGCAGAGACAGAAAACCAAUCUGCCUUACUGCACAGGAUGACGAUGAGUCGCCUUACAGCACACCCUUCACGUAUCGCAUAACUGACCGUGAAUUGGCUUCCAUGUGGAAGAUAACUCGACACAACGAUAAUUCUGUAUAUCUUUCACCAAAGGGUGAUGUUCCAUUUGGAACAUACAGAAUUCCCGUAAGUGUGAUUGAUAAUGGAGGAAAGGCAGGCGAGAACUACGUAAACGUGAACGUCUGUGACUGCCUUACUCCCACCGAAUGCGACGGCGAGAGCCGUCAGCUCGCCGGUGGGAAUGUUACUCUUGGCAUAUGGGCCAUCCUGGCAAUGAUCUUAGGGUCGCUGUUACUGCUGCUAAUCCUGAUCACAAUUUGUGGCUGUUGUGGUGCUGGGGUAAUGCACAGGCAGGUGACUGAUGAUUGUGCCAAUCACAAUUUAAUAAUUUCAAAUACAGAGGCUCCAGGAGAAGAAGUGAUGGAUCAAAAUAUAAUUCCUCUACAAACUACAAAUGAUCAAGGAGGAUAUGUAAUAAAAACAGGAGAUCAGCAAACAUGUGAAAUGGUAAAAGGAAGAGGGCAUACCUUGGAAUCAGUCAAGGGAGGCGGACAUCAGACUCUGGGAUCAGUUAAAGAAGGAGGAGGACAGACUGUGAUGGAUACGUGUAGAUACUCCUACUCAGAAUGGCAUAAUUUCACACAUCCUCGUUUAGGUGAAAAGGUGCACCUAUGCAGACAGGAUGAAGAACAGAAGCAUUCUGAAGAUUAUCUCCUUUCAUAUAACUAUGAAGGAAAAGGAUCCUUGGCUGGUUCUGUAGGCUGCUGCAGUGAUCAGCAUGAGGAAGAGGCACUUGACUUCUUAGAUCAGCUGGAGCCCAAGUUUAGGACAUUAGCAGAAACAUGCAUAAAAAGAUAAAUGUGCCUUUCAUACUGCUGAAAAAACACCCUGUAAAUAAGUGGCUGUCAUACUGUUGUGGUAUUAGGUGUUUUGGAAUUGAGAUGGGGAGAGGUUUGUCAAAACUAACAUAGACUGGUAAGAGUGUAAGUAACUCUUUAAAUUUACAACAUUUUUAAAUCUCUGCUAGACACAUUCCAUCAAAAGUAAGUGGUUCAAAAUACUUUUUCUCUAGACUAUGUUAAUAUAGUAAUGCUAGUUUCUAUUUAGAUUAUAUUUCCUAUUCUUUGUGAUUACUUAAAAUGCAAAAAGUUGGUGUUUUCCUUUUAAUUAAUUACUCUGCUUUAAAAAUUUAUUGUAUUUGGCUUUGGAUAAGGAAAGCUUGUUAACUCACUGUUUCUUUGUUCUCUUUCAAUUCUGUAGAAAUUAACCACAAAACAUUACUGGUGGGUAUCAAGUACCUUGUUAAUUUUUAACUUAUAUGAACUGAGAUACAAAAUGCUUCUUCAUUUUUCACAUAAAAAUACUGGUGAAUACAUUAGAAAGCUUUAUAUUUUGAUUGAAAAUUAAAUAUAUAUAUAUAUUGUAUAUAUGUAAAAUAAUAUUCAAAAAUAUAUUUUUCUCCUAAUGGGUUACCACCCAUCAAGCUUGCUAUCCUAAGGGAUUUGUGGCAUCACCACAUAGGGUAUCAGCAUUGUAUGCGAGUAUAUAUUUUUAUUUUAGGGAAAUAAAAGAUGAAAAAAUAAAUCAGGAAAUAGGUGUAACUAUCCUACUCAAAUGAAUGCGAGACAAAUCUAAUGUUUACUUGACAUGUUUGUACCUCAGUUUCUUGUGAGUUUUAACAUAGUAUCAUUGGAGAAAUUAUGAACAUUGCCAAGAGUUUUCUCCAGUGUAGCUACCACUUGCUUUUUUAACUGGCCCCAUUACAGACUUCAUUAAACUGUUUCUUUCUGUUAGUAGAACUUGACAGAAGAUACAGCUCAAAUGGACUGAGCAUACACUGCAUUGAUAGAAUGUUUUAAAGAUAGCUGUAUUUGAGAUGCAAAAUUGCACUGGGAUAAACUGUUUUGAGUCUGUUAUGUGGUGGUUGUAGAGGUAAGCAUCAGAUUGGUGUCAGAAAUCACCUGAAUCCCAUUUGUUAUUUUACUAGAUUAAGCGAUACUAUACACUAUAUAUAUACACACAUAAUUCUGAAAUACCUUUGGCAGAUGACACUAACGAGACCUGAAUAGCCAUAAGCUAUUUCUGGAAUUCAUCCUCUGCUUCCCAGGUUUUAUGUUUUUAGUAUUUGCACUCCUGGUUAAGUAAUCUGUCCUCUGCACUCCAGGAAUUCUCUUGUGCCUUAAAGUAGUGUCUUCCUGCUUACGAGAAACUUGUGCAAUUACUUACUGCUGUUGGUAAAAUCCUGCUUUUAGGAUUUGCUCUGUAAACAUAGGCCUUAGGGAAAUAUUUUUUUUUUUUAUUUACUAUAGCUAAUGAUCUGUAAAAGGAAUUGCUAGUAACAACAAAGAGUCACAGUGCACAGCUGCUGAUGACUUCCAGUGGCUGCAGUUCAUUCCACACAAAUUAUGUCUGUGAAAACCUGUAACAGUAUAAAACCUUAACCAAAGUUAUAAAAUAAGACUUUUAAAACCUUCUGUUUCACACUGUAAGUGGGCUUUGGAAUAUUUCUGAUAAGAGUGAGCUGUGGUUAAUAACUUCAUAGACUAAUCUUAAAUGUACUUUAGUCUUAUCAUUUGAAAGUGGUGAUGGAUUAAUCCUGAACUAGAUACAUUGCCAGUGGUAAGAGUGACAGUCACCAGCAGCAAAACACUUAGAUGAGAAGCAAGGUGUUAUGAAUUUACUUAAUUUAAAAAAUGUGCUAACACUACUCUUCUGAACAAUACUCUUCUUUAUCACUAACAUAAGUGAGUUUUGAUGUACACGGAGAGGCAGACCUAUGGCUGAUGUAAGUCAAGAUAGCUGCUGAUGCCAGUGAAGCUAUGCUGACUUCAUGCCAGUAGAUCUGUCCUUCAGUGGUUUCCUUGCUUCUUUGUGUCUUUAGUUAUUGGUUAUACACUUUGUAAGGUAAUGUUAAAUGUCUUCCCCCCCAUACCUUUUAAUGUUUGUUGGUUGUUGUUUUGUUUGUUUGUUUGUUUUUAAAGAAACAAAAAUCCUAUGGUUCAGAAGGACUUAGGAUAAAUAACAGGGUGCACUGUUUUGGAAAUUACUUCCGGGGUGGCAUAGAGAAACAUCUGGAAAUAUGGUUUCUUUCCUUAUAUAUAGUACUGUUAUAAAAGAAUAGACAAAAUUUGAGCUUUAAUUGAGCUGGCAUUGGGUAUUUUAAGUAGUAACUUUCCCCUCUGGAGUUAAAACAAGAACUUGCUGAAAUCAAAACAAUAUUUUGUAGUCUAAUUUACCUUUAAAUUGUUUUCUGUUUUUUUUUUCUUUUGCAUUUCAACAAACAGAUAAUUUGGUACUUGCAUUUUUUGUCCAUUUUUAAACAAAGCACAAAUUUGGAAUCACUUGUUUUUACCUUUUAAAAAUUGAAAGUUCUGAACUGAACCAUCUAUUUCUGUAAAACCAAGGGUUGAAAAGAAAUUGAGACACUUAAAAAUAUGAACUGUAAAACAUUAUUUUCUUCUAAAUGUGUGAAUGAAAACUUUGUGUAAAACACUUAAGGUUUACAGAUACUAAGUACUAAAUAACAUUUGUGUAAAGCUUACAAAUGCAGUAUUUCAAAAUGUAUAAUUCACUCAUUGUUACUGUCUUGAAUCACCUUAAAAGUUGUGAAAAUUUGUUCUCUUCAACUAGGUAAUUUGCAAGCUACCUAGUUGUGUCAACAUUAACAUCAUGUUUUAGGUAUGUUUUGUACAACA